AUGAGGCAUACGACGACCCCGGAGGUUACAGCUCCAUCUCCUCCUUCUCCCCGCCCAUUUCCAUUCUGUCGUCAUUUUCAAUUGAAAGAAUUUCUUCCACAGCAGCAGCAGCAACGGCAAAGUCAAGAAAGAGGUGAAGGAUAUUUGAAGAAAAUAGGGCCACCAGCCAACGACCUUUUGGUCAACAACGCAUCGAAGACCGGGAUGGGACGGGGAUGGAUGGGUGGGGUUCGUCCAUGCUGCUCCAACGACGACUCCAAGUGUUCCCAUCACACUUUCGCCUUCUUAGAACGUCAUCAACUACCAUCAUUAAUAUUUCCAUUACUUUCAUCAUUAAUCCAUCCUAUGGAUUUGACCAAAUAUUCCACUAUCAGCAUACAACACCGUCAUCAUCAUCAACAACAACAACUGGACCUAAAUUCUCAAAUGUCAAAUUUAGCUUCAACAAAUAUAAGCAAUACUUCACAUAACAUAAGCAUUAGCCAAUGUUCGAUGCUUCCUUCUGCUUCAGCUAUUAAGCCUUUGCCAUCAACAUCUUCUACAACAACGACAACAAUGAUUACUACCACUGAGGAUUUAGUUCAGAAAAACUCUCAGUUGCCUGCAGAAAAUAACUCUACUUCUAGCCUGGUACAAUUAUUGACUUCACCAAAAACUACGGUUCUACAUCGACCAACCCCGAUACAUCCCAUUGCUUCACGUUUAUUCACCUUAACUACAAAAACUCCUCCAUUGGAAACAAGCCUAGAAGUACCAUUGGAUCUCAGUCAAUCGACAACUACUCGACAACAACCGCUUAUUAAUAAAACACAGCAACAGCAAGAACUAAAAUUUCUGCCAACCUGUGCAAAUCCAAGUUUAAACUCCAAUUGGAUUGCAAUUAAAUUUGGUGCUGCCGUUGGACCAAAUCGAAUGUCUUAUCCACGGGAAUUUAAGCUCAUGGUUAUUAAUUAUUAUUAUACUAAUGGACAGAACAAAUAUCGCACCUGCAAAGAAUUUCAAAUAACAAAAUCAAUGCUUAAUGGAUGGCUACAAAAAAUUGACAAAAUUCGACAGUCUAGGCCUGGCUCGCUAAAAUCUGGCCGUAGCGGGCGAAAACCGCAAUUUCCUGAUAUUGAAAAACAAUUAUUUCAUCUCUAUCAUGCACAUUUGGGAACUGGAAAAAAGGUUGGAAAUCGAUGGAUUCGGGAAACAGCCAGAAAUCUCGCUCAGCAACAAUGUUCAGAGCAGGAACUGGCCGGAAUGUGUCAGUUUAGUGAGCGAUGGUUAAGUAAUUUCAAGAAACGAUACAGAAUCAACUUGAACCGUGAUUGGUCUUCUGGUAAUAGUAGUUCCGGAAGUUUAGGUUCCACAGAAUCUGUUGGAUCCGGUAAUAGUGCCACAGAUUCCAUACAGCAAUCACCUGCCAAAUCUGAUGAAGCAGCAGAAAAUGAGAGUAUGGAUUCAGAUGCUGAUAGUGUUCUUAGCGAUAGCUUGGAAGCUCUUAUCGAUGUUGAUGAUCAAAUGAGUCCAAACAAUCCACUAACCAUGCUUGCAUCUGGAACAUUUCCAACAGCUCAAGAACAUGUUCAAGAAAUUUUGAACAAACCAGGUCAAUUGCCAAUUCAAGCAUUCUAUGAGAGAUUUCCAUGGUUAUGUAGGAAAAAUCAAACGGGUACAGAACCGGGCCGCAGAGGUCGUAAAGUUCAAUUUCCAGGUGUUGAAAAAGUUUUAUUCGAGAGAUUACAAGAGCAGCAAUCAAAAGGUGAACGAAUUUCAAAUCGUUGGCUUCAACAGCAAGCCCGUGAACUUGCGUUGCAAAUUUGUCCUGAAGUAUUACAAGAAGCGACAAAAUCUGCUCGUUGCUUAUUUUCCGAGCAUUGGUUGCAUAAUUUUAAAAAACGUUAUGGAGUAACAUUGAAACAAACGAAUCGAAAUGCUAUCAAUUCUUUAAAAACCGCAGAAAUUUCGCCACCCGCAACUAUCGUGUCUCAGUGUGACUCUAUCUUGACAGGUGACAAAAAUCCCAUCUCAUCGACCAGCGAUACAACAGCAAAACCUGUAACAGAUAUUACCGCAAUGUUACAGCUUCAAAAUUGGUUUCUUGCGAAAUAUUACUCUCAGGAACAAGCAGCGAAUGCGCAAUCAGUAACAACACCAUUACCGCAAUCAUCGUAUCGCAACAUUACAAUACCCGCGUCAUCUGCGCCUUUGUGGUAUCCCACGCCGUUAACGCAAUGUUUGCUUUAA